GAGAAGGAGAGAAAGUGACAGUUUUUCAGGUUUGAAUCAGCUUUUCCUCCGCAGAAGUUACAAGAACACCGGCCUCAUUGGACUCGAUAUGGCCUGAAAUCACACAAAGUGUGUUUUACGUCGAUAAACUUCAGGAAUGAUGGCGGAGGGUGAGGACACGAUGAACCAGGAGGACUGGAAGGAGAAGUGCUUGGUUCUGGAGGCGCUGCUCAUGAAGUUCAGGGUCCAGAUCAUCAAGAUCCGAGAACUCACAGGGGAUAAGAUCCAGCAGCUGGAGUCCCAGGUGAUCGAUGCAGAGAAACGGGCCUUCAUCUCUCAGCAGCAGGUCCAGUGGAUGGAGGAGAAGCUGAAGGCCCCAGACGGGGAUCCUGGGGAUCCUGGGGAUCCUGGGGAUCCGGGGGAUCCGGGGGACUCCGAGAUCCGCCUGUUUCAGCGGUGCCAGGAGCUGCAGGCCCUGGUGCAGGAGAAGGAGGUCGCCGUGGCAACGCUGGAGCAGCAGCUGGAGGAGCAGAAACAGAGCCGGCUUCAAGACGCCAAGACGGUGGAGGAGAAAGCAGCCAAGAUCAAGGAGUGGGUGAUGCUGAAACUGUCCGAGUUUGAGGUGGAAAACGCAGCUUUAAGGGAAGUCAACAAGCAGCAGGAGGAGCAGAUCUUGGAGCUGCAGAAACAAGUCCAAGCGUUUGAGCAGAAAGCCGGCGGUGGACGGGGGGUCGUGUCCCGGCCAGGUGAGGCCCAGCGUCUCAGCAGCCUGACCUUCGGCUGCUUCCAGGUGAGGGGGAAGAACCCACAAGUCCUUACCGGACCAAAGCCGUCCCAGAGGACCCUCAGCACGCCGGGGGAGGACGAGGCCGGAGACAUGAGGGAGAGAAACAGCAGUCAGACCUCGUCCUCGGAGACAGAGGCUGAAGCCCACCGGCCGAACCCGAAGGGACUCCUGUGUCCCCCCCUGGAGGAGACCGGCGCCCCCCAGGACGCUGCUGAAAACACCCCCGAGGGGAAGUUCCCCCGACCCGGCAGCGAGGCCUACAUGACGGCGUCGGACGACAGCAGCUCUCUGUUCGACGACGACAUGCAGCGCGCAGAGCGGCCGGAACCGGUGGACGGGGCGCCAGCGGCGCCGCAGGAGGCCGAGGAGUUGAACCUCCGGUUCCAGUCCCAGAGACUGGACUCGUCCACCUCCUCCAGCGAGCCCAACACCCCCAGCCCCAUCCUCACGCCCAAGCGACCCAACGUCCCCCAGGACCCGCGGGGCGACCCCAGGGAUGACCCCGCCGCGCCCAAGCAGCCCUGCCUGAGGACGCCGGGGGGCUUCGGGUCGCUGAGCGCCGCUCUGGCCAAGAAACACCUGAGCCAGCCGCCCGUCAGCAGCGAGGCGGCGCGAGGUCAGACACGCAACGCCCUCAGCAUGCUGCGGCCCCUGCGGCCGCAGGAAACCGUCGUCGAGCCGCUGGCAGAGGACGGCAUGGACACAGGCCGGGACACGCCCCCCCACAUCCCCUCCGGCUCACCUGAACCGGCGGCGGAGCCCGGCUCAGCGAGGCCGGACCGUGACGCUUCGGCUCCCGGCAACAAGCCUCCGACGCCGCCGCUACACCGACUCCCCUCCUGGGAGAGUCGCAUCUACGCUGUUGCCAAAUCGGGAAUCAGACUAUCGGACACGUCCCGCUCGGACCUCGCCAGCAAAGACCCGUCUCUGCAGCCCUCCGUCCCCGCCUUCGAGCUGUACACCUCCCUCAUCUACAGGAACCUGACCACGCCGGUGUUCACCACCCUGAAGGGGAAAGCCACCCUGCUCAGCAGCAGCCCCUUCUCAGACGAGUCGUCCAGCUCCGAGGACGAGUCCAGCUCGGGAGAGGAGGACGAGUCCCUCUGCAGCGUCCACAACACCUCCUCCGGCUCCAGGAAGGACGGCCCCCCGGGGGGCCCGGGGAGCCCCCGCUCCCUCAAGAGAGCGGUGUCCAUGGCCUCCAUGACGUCGGAGAGCGACUACGCCAUCCCGCCCGACGCCUACUCCACCGACACCGAGUGCUCCGAACCCGAGCAGAAGCUGCCGAAGACCUGCUGCGCAGCCAGCGACAACGGCAAGAGCGAGCCGAUGGAGAAGUCCGGCUACCUGCUGAAGAUGGUCAAAACCUGGAAGAAAACCUGGAAGAGACGCUGGUUCGUCCUCAAAGACGGGGAGCUGCUCUACUACAAGUCUCCUAGCGACGUGAUCCGGAAACCUCAGGGCCAGAUCGAGGUCAACGCCAGCAGCAGCAUCGCCCGCGGAGACGGGAAACAAGUGCUGCAGGUGGUGACCGGGAAGCACGUCUGCUACCUGAAGGCCGACUCUCCCAACCUGCUGGACGAGUGGCUGCGGGUCCUGCAGACGGUGCUGAGGGUGAAGGCCGCCAGCCCUCUCUUCACCCAGCCCGACAUCCGUCCCGGCAUGAAGGGGUCGCUCAUCAAGGUGAAGCACGGCUACUCCAAGCGGGUUUGGUGCGCCCUGAUCGGCAAGACUUUGUACUACUUCCGCAGUCAGGAGGACAAGUUCCCGCUGGGCCAGAUCAAGCUGUGGGAGGCCCGGGUGCAGGAGGUGGACGGGUCCAGAGACUCAGACGAGGACCUGAAGGCGUGUGGGCGGAGCCUGCAGGCAGCAGCUUUCACCAUCGCCGUCCACCCGCAGGAGCAACAACCCACCUACCUGCUCAUCGAGUCUCGCAACGAGAAGGAUUCAUGGCUGUACCACCUCUCGGUGGCGGCCGGAACCACGGAGGGUAAAGUCGGCACCGAGUUCGAGCAGCUGGUGGGGAAACUGUUCCAGGAGGACGGAGACCCGAACUCUCAGAUUUGGAGACGACCCAUGUUGUGCUUCAGCAAAGAGACGCUGUCCUCCCCCCUCACCACGCUCCCGUCGCAGGCUCUGCAGACCGAAGCCGUCAAACUCUUCAAGACCGUCCAGCUCUUCAUCAACGUGGCCAUCGACGCCCCGGCCAUCGACUACCACGUGUCUCUGGCCCAGAGCGCCCUGCAGGUUUGCCUUGCUCACCCUGAGCUGCAGAACGAGAUCUUCUGCCAGCUGGUGAAGCAGACGCGCCGGCGGCAGCCGCCGGGAAGCCCGGGACCCCUGCAGGGCUGGCAGUUCCUGGCCCUGUGCGUCGGCCUGUUCCUGCCUCACCACCCGUUUCUCUGGCUGCUCCACGUUCACCUGAAGAGGCACGCAGAGUCCAGGACGGAGGUGGGGAAGUACGCCAUCCACUGCCAGCGCUCCCUGGAGCGAACGCAGCAGAAGGGGGAGCGGCAGGCCCGGCCCUCCCGCAUGGAGAUCCUGUCCAUCCUGCUGAGGAACCCGUACCACCACUCGCUGCCCUUCAGCACGCCGGUGCACUUCCUCAACAACACCUACCAGGUGGUGAGCUUCGACGCCUCGACGACGGUGGACGAGUUCCAGUGCCGCCUCAACCAGGACACCGGCAUGAGGAAGACCGGACUGUCCGGCUUCAGCCUGUACACGGACGACCCGACCGGGAGAGAGCUGGAACACUGUCUGCAGGGAGGCGUCAAGAUCUGUGACAUCAUCUCCAAGUGGGAGCAUGCCUCCAAGGAGCAUCACGCCGGCAAGUCGGAGAACACCAGGACGGUGCGGCUGACCUACAAGAACAGGCUGUACUUCUCCCACCAGGUGAGGGGGGAGUCGGAGCGGGAGAGGCUGCUGCUGGCUUACCAGACCAACGAGGCCAUCGCCGGCGGACACUUCCCCGUCAACAAGGAGCUGGCUCUGGAGAUGGCCGCCCUGCUGGCUCAGGUGGAGUUCGGGGAUUUUGAACGUCCCUUCUCUGCGUCCGGAUCGGCCCAGACCAAGUCCAGCCAGACGCUGAGGCAGGUGUUGGACCGGUUCUACCCCAAACAUUACCGCAGAGCGGCGUCUGAGGAGCAGCUCAGGCAGCUGCUGAAGAGCCUCUCGGCCCGCUGGGCUUCCCUCCGGAGCCGGAGCUCCUCCGAGUGCAUCCGGAUCUACCUGACGGUCGCCAGGAAGUGGGCUCUCUUCGGAGCCAAGCUGUUCGAAGCCGAGUCCGUCAGCGCUUCUCCGGAGCCGGGGGUCCGAGUCUGGGUGACGGUUCACGAAGACGGCGUCAGCAUUCUGGAGCACAACUCAAUCAAGCUGCUGGUGUUCCACCCCUACAAGAACCUCCUGACCUUCGGAGGCUGCAAGCAGGACUUCAUGCUGGUCGUGGGUCACGGCGUCGGCACCAACACCAGCAGGAGCAAACCGGCCGAGAAACAUCAGUUCGCUAUGGACGCCUCCAAGAUCCGGGAGAUCACCCUCCUCAUCUCCAGCUACAUCAACAGCGCCCACCAGCAGAAGGCGGCCGCCCACCACCUCUCCGCCCCGGCGCUGAUGGUGGCCCAGCCCAUCAGCCUGAAGAGCAAAGAGCUGAGGAGCAAGUCCCCGCCGGCGCUGGGCCGUCACAGCAAAGCCCCCACGCUGCUGUGACGGCGCCGCGACGCCCGCUAGUAACCGCUAACGACCGGAGGAGCAGCUCCAGCUCUCCAUCCGGCUCCAGCUCGCAUCUCCAUCCGGCCUCAGGGUCGGUUCUGUGGCUCAACAUAUAAAGAUCAUAAACUGGAGUUUUAACUUUCAGACUAAAGACGCUGCAGAGAUGUUGGAGGCAGUUAUUGCUGCAGCGUUUAUGAAACUGUAGCUUUUACACUGCAAAAACUCAAAAUCUUAACAAGAAUAUUUGUCUUAUUUCUAGUUAAAAGUCUAAUUUUUAGUCAAAAAAAUCUCAUUACACUUAAAACAAGACUCAUC